AUGGAAUUUAUGUACAGUGAAAAAAAUAAAAAACUUAUACUAUUAGAAGGAUAUAAAUUUGGGUUUCAAAAAAAGUUGGCAGACGACAUUGACUGUUGGAUAUGUGUAAAAAGAACAUGUAAGUCAUAUUUGAAAAUAAAUAAUUUAAAUAUAAUUGUUGAUAAAAGUAUAAUACAUAACCAUGAAAAAGACGAUGAAAAAAAACUUAACAUACAGAAAUUAAGCAACAUUUCAAAACGAGAAGCUCAAGAAGCAUUACAUGAGCGGCCAGCAAAAAUUAUUCACUGUGAGUUGGCUAAAUCUGAUAUUGAAACCAUAGACGCUCAAGAUUUAUAUAGAAUAAGAAAAAAUAUACAUACUAGUCGAUGUAGCACAGUACCAAAGUUGCCCAAAAAAUUGAGUGAGAUUUAUAAUAUAUUAAAUAAUUAUAUAAUUUAAUAACUAAUUGGGGAGAAAACUUUGUAUUUAUUAACAACGCUGAAACCAAAAUUAUUGGAUUUUCAUGUGAUAGCAAUUUAGAAAUGUUACGUAAAAUAAAAUGUGUGUUUAUUGACGGUAUUUUUAAAAGUUGUCCAAAGCUCUUUUGCCAAAUUUGUUCAAUUCACGGUGUAAAAAAUAACUACUAUGUAUCUCUAGUUUUCUUUUUACUUCCAAAUAAAAAAGUGAUACGUAUACAAAAGCUUUUCGUUUAAUUACAAAUUAUUUAAACCCGGAUAAAAUAUAUGCUGACUUUGAAAGAGCCAUUCAUGUAGCGAUCUCUGAAGUAUGGCCUUUAGCUCAAUUAAAAGGUUAUUGGUUUCACUUGGGCCAAUUAUGGUGGUAGAAGAUUCAACAAUUAGAGCUUUCAAAAGAAAUUAAAAAUAACGAUUCUAAAAUGGAACGAACAUUAAAAUUAUUUCUCGGCUUAUCCUUAUUAUCGCCCGAAGAAGUUAACGAUUGCUAUAUUAAUGAGCUGAUGCCAUUAAAACCGAUUAAUGGAAAGCUCGACGAAUUCUUUGAUUACAUACUAGAAAAUUAUAUUUUAGAAGAUAGCUCAUUUCCACCAAAAAUGUGUGCUGAAUAUACGAGUAGUAUAGAACGAACAACCAAUUGCUGUGAAUCAUUUCACAGCAAGUUCAACAGUUGCUUCUAUUACACAAACCCUAACAUUAUUCAAAUCAUUAAUGUAUUAAAAACAGUCCAAAUUGAAAUAUGUAUAAAAUUGCGGAGUAUAGAGAAACCACAAAAUCUUAAAUCUAAAAAUAAGGAAAUAUUUAUAAAAACAGAAAUAGGAAAGUAUAAAAUUAAUAUAAUAAAUAGAUUAGAGUUUAGAAAAAAUGUUUGUUGUACAUUUAUAGUUAAAAAUAUAUUUUAAUAAAAAAAAAAUUAUUAUUAUUCUUAGAACUUAUUAUAUAACGUAACAAAAAACUUUAAAUAUAAAAGAGUCAAAAAAAUCAUAAUUUUUAACCAUACUUGCUCAAUAUUAUGUGGGCAGUCCUAAGUCUGUAUAAAAUGUGAAGGAAAAUUUGACCCAGGAAUCAAUUCGGACGUUUCUGUACCAAUUCGGAUACACUGAUAUGUAUAUAUAAUAGCAGUUACAAAAACUAUUAUUACCUUAAUGACAUUUCUAUUGGUUCUGUAAUUUAUUUUUGUAUCUGUCCUUUGUUCUGCAUUUUUUGUUUCCCUUAUAUUUGAUUUUGACGAUGCUGCGGCUUAAGGUUGUGGUGCCAUGAUUUCAACCUAAAAUUUUUAAUUUUUCGGAAGUGUAAACAAAUUAUUUAAAAGUUAAUUAUCCAAAUAAUAUUUUAUUAUAUAGAACAAUUAUCUAAUAUUUACUAAUUAGUAUUAAUAAUAAACCUGGAUUUAGCAAUGGACACCCAGCAUUUGACUGCCAUAAACAUUAUUAUUAAUUUCUAUUUUUCUCUGUGGAUACUUGGUAGUUUAGUCAAAGAACAUUGUUUGCCCGCCAAUCAUACAAUUCUAUAUUUUUAUCUAAACAUAAAAUAUAAUAUCGUUAACAAUCAAACAUUAUUUUUAGAAAGUUAUAUUCAUGUAACAAUAUGGAUAUAUACCCGUAUACAGUAUUCCGGUCAGAAGAAGAGUUUAGAUUAAAAUAUGUAGACACAGUCGGACAAUUUUACAUAUGAAAUACUACGAUAUUACUAUGUUUGAUGGUAGCCGGAACGAUUUUAUUUUUAAAAUAAAUAUAUUGAUUUAAUACAAGCUGAGGCAAUAAAAAAUAUAGUUACGUUACCUGAAAUUCGAUGACCAUAGAUAGUGACAGAUAUCAUUUUCAACGAUAUUGAGCAAUUUUGUUGUAGUCAAUAACGUGGUCGAUUGUGAACAGAGCAUAGGAAAGGAGAUCUUUAAAAUUUGAAAUUUGUUACACGAUUCACGGUGUAUACUACGCAUUUAAAAUAUUCUCAUACGCUGGACGACCAGAUUCGUUGUGUUUCACUAUAUUUUCUAUGACUAAUUUACCGUGAUUUUUAUUUUCCAUUAUGUAAGUCAUAUUCAUUGUGUUUCUUGGAUGUGGUUCCAUCAAUAUAUAACCAGCGCAGGCAGUAGACACACCGAAUUAUUAACCUUAAACCUUCAUCAUACGACAACGAAAACUAAGAUAAAAUGGACCUAAAUUCUUUAACUGCUAUUACGUUUUCACUACUAGUAUUAUUGAAAAACAUUUUAUUUACAUAACCAGUAAGACAUAUUGAGAUAUUUUUCUCAAAUAUUCCCAAAUCAUUUGACCACAGGUUUUGAUUUCUACUCUAAAUACUAUUGUUGGCUACAUUAUGUCUUAUAACUUCAUAUUUUUCUAUGUAAAUAUUCGCCAAAAUCAUAUUUGUAAGUACAAUACAUUCAAAUUCAGCAUUAGUAGAGACAGUCACAAUUUGAUCUUUUAUUUUUUAACAUAAUUUACAUUGUAAAAUACUUUAAUAUUUUAUUUUGUUCCAAUUGCCAGAUUUUACUGUUGGCAAUUCACAAGGUUAUUCGUGCCAUGAGUUCUCCCAUUGUUCUUUCACAAAGCCUUGAAAAUUGUAUAUACAAAUUUAAGUCUUAUAAUAAUAAAAUACCCUCAGAGGAAGGGUCUGAUCGAUAUGAGACCCUAGGGGUCUAGCGCACCCGGGGCCCCAAGCUUCACUGGCGGAAACCCUCAGGCAGGGGAUUUCAGUUGUCUGAACUUCUCCCGGUAUAAGGAGACACCUUUACAAAACCUCUGUCCUUCGGGGCGGAUAAGCUGCGUAGAGCGGGGCAAUCUCUUGCCCCCAAGGUAGAAAACUACCUUGAAAGGCGGAUGAAACCACAUCAUAUGGUCAACGGCUUGAGGAUGCAGAAGGCCAGAAGGAUACCACUGCAUUAAAGAUCCUUUUGGAUUUCCCUAACCAAAGUAACCAAACAUGCUCUGUUAUAACCAAAGAAACACCUACACGACAGAUCAUGGAAUUCGGAAACCAAGAUCCGGCAGGGGAGGAAACAAGGCCUCUUCGGUCGUCAUCGAGCGAAAUCCUCAUUCAUCGUUCCGUAUUGGAACAUGGAACAUUAGAACAGCACUAAAAGCAGGAAAGAUAGAAGAGAUCAAAGAACAAAUCAAAAAUAAUUAUAUUGGUAUACUUGGUAUCUGUGAAACUCGAUGGAGUGGAAAAGGAGAUUAUAUCACGGAGGAUUUUAGAGUAAUCCACAGUGGUAAUGACAAGAGUGGCAAAAACGGAAUAGCUAUAAUAGUUCAAGGGAAAUGGAAAAGCAACAUAAUGAAUACAUACCACCUUAAUGAUAGACUACUGAUAGUUAAAAUCCAUGCUCAGCCUACGGACAUCUACAUAAUCCAAGUAUAUUUCCCAACAUCAAAUUGCCAGGAUGUUGAAAUUGAAAGAAUGUACGAAUAA